AUUGAUGCAGUUACGGCCAGGUCGCGUCUACCCCCCAGGAGAACGUGGCUUCGCACUUCGCCCGGCCUUGUCGACUUUUCCCUGCGACCUCUGCGACCUCUGCGACCUCAUUCUCCCCCCUGAAGCCUUCUUCCUGCUGUUCUCUGGCCCCGACGGGAUGCUAGCAUUUGCCUUCUGAUCUGAACCGGGCCCUCCCUAUUUUCCGUUUCGACAAAGCAUGAGAAAUGUCAAGGUCCGCAACGCCCGCGCUCCCUUUGCAUAAUGUCCAGAUCCCCGAUUCGAGACCGAGGUCGACAACCCCCGCGGACGUGCGCUCCAGCUCCUCCCCCUCAACGUCCACCUCGAUAUAUUCGCUCCUAGACCCCCAGGAGACUGCGGACCGCCUGCAGACCUCCCUCGUUCAUGGAAUCAGUCCCGCGGAGGCGGAGGUGCGCCUGGCGCAGGAUGGCCCCAACGAGCUACCCCAUGAGGAGCCAGAACCCAUCUGGCUUCGGUUCUUGAAACAGUUCAAGGAGACCCUGAUUCUCCUGCUGCUGGCCUCCGCGGCGAUAUCGUUCUUCAUGGGCAACUACGAUGAUGCCGUCAGCAUUACUCUCGCCGUCACCAUCGUUGUCACGGUCGGAUUCGUCCAGGAAUACCGGUCGGAAAAGUCUCUGGAAGCACUGAGCCGUCUUGUGCCGCAUCAUGCACACCUCAUUCGCGAUAUCCCUUUGAAUGGCCUGCCGUUGGCCAACUCGGUCCCUGCCACCUCCGCUGGGGAGAUUGAAUUGCAGGAGCUGCGGAGCAAGAGCCCCGCUAUCUCGACUGCCGUCAAGGCUUCUAGCACCGUCCCAGCCGCCGAACUCGUCCCGGGUGAUCUGGUCCUAUUUACCGUCGGAGACCGCAUCCCUGCAGACAUUCGCAUCACGGCGGCUACCGAUCUGACUAUCGAUGAAUCCAACCUCACCGGAGAGAACGAGCCGGUUGUCAAGUUCUCCGACGCCAUUCGCAGCUCAAAGCACCUUUCGUCGCACUCCCCCAAGCUUGUGAGCCCGCCUCGAUCCCCAUUCUACGAUGCCCCUGCUAGUGGGGCUGUGGGAGCGGAUAUCCGCCUGAAUGAGCAACAUAACAUCGCCUUCAUGGGGACAUUGGUCCGAUCGGGAUACGGUCAGGGAAUCGUCAUUGGAACCGGUGCGAGAACGGAGUUUGGCAGUAUCUCCGCUUCGCUACAGGAAAUCGAAAGCCCACGAACCCCGCUACAACUGUCCAUGGACCGCCUGGGCCAGGAACUGAGUUACAUAUCGUUUGGUGUCAUUGGUUUGAUUGUUGUCAUCGGUUUGAUUCAAGGCCGCAAGCUGCUCGAGAUGUUCACCAUUGGCGUUUCGCUCGCUGUCGCUGCCAUUCCGGAGGGCCUUCCGAUCAUCGUGACCGUCACCCUGGCUCUCGGGGUUCUGCGCAUGGCCAAACGAGGCGCCAUUAUGCGUAGACUGCCUAGUGUGGAGACACUGGGUUCGGUGAACGUCGUUUGCAGUGACAAGACCGGUACUUUGACUCUUAACCACAUGACAGUCACGAAAAUGUGGCAUUUCGAUUGCCCCGAUCCGUUUGAGGUUCACCAUGACAUAUCUUCCUUGACGCCCGGACCCGCGGCUCGCACCGUUCUUCGCAUCGGCAACAUUGCCAACAAUGCCCGGCUGUCGCGUGUGCAUGCAAACUCACCCGCUAGCGCAUCCUCGGCCGCGGUGUUGUCCUCCACGGACGACCGGGCGUCUGGGAGUGUCCGAAGCAGAUGGGUCGGCCAGCCCACCGAUGUCGCUAUACUGGAUUUACUGGACACUUUCGGCGAGGACGAUGUCCGUGACCGGAUCAGCGCUCGUGUCGCAGAAACCCCCUUCAGCUCCGAGCGCAAGUGGAUGGGCGUUAUCAUCGGCAAUGGCACGUCUGGCGACUCCAACGUUGCCUAUAUCAAGGGUGCCCUCGAGCAGGUUCUAGCGCGGUGUGACACUUACUUGACUAGGGACGGCCGUGAGGUUAUCUUGGAUGAAGUACGACGCAAGGCAGUGAGGCAAGCCGCCGAGGAGAUGGCAUCGGAGGGAUUGCGAGUCUUGGCUUUCGCCAGCGGCGCAGUGAGGGAUGCUAGUAAAGGCAGAGCCUUUGGCAGCAGAUCGGGCACGCCCAUGUCCCUGACCAGCCAGACUGAUGAUGAUGACAGGUACAAUGGGCUGGUCUUUGCAGGCUUGGUGGGGAUGAACGACCCUCCACGAAAGGAUGUCCACAAGUCCAUCCGGCGCCUCCUCGCCGGUGGUGUGCGAAUCAUCAUGAUUACCGGAGACGCCGAGACCACUGCCGUUGCCAUCGCGAAGAAACUGGGAAUGCCGAUUAACGAUGCUCCGGGAUCCCGACCAGUUAUCAACGGCCAGGAAAUUGACCGGAUGAGCACCACGGAGCUCGCGCAGGCCAUCUCCUCUACCUCGAUAUUCGCACGUACCAGCCCGGACCAUAAGAUGAAACUUGUGCGCGCUCUGCAGUCUCGCGGAGACGUUGUUGCCAUGACCGGAGAUGGGGUGAACGACGCACCGGCGCUCAAGAAAGCGGACAUCGGCAUCUCGAUGGGCAAGCUGGGGACGGACGUCGCCAAGGAAGCCGCGGACAUGAUUCUGACCGAUGACGACUUCUCGACGAUCCUGCGUGCUAUUGAGCAGGGCAAGGGCAUCUUCUACAACAUCCAGAACUUCAUCACGUUCCAGCUCAGCACCAGCGUCGCUGCGCUGAGCCUUGUGUUGCUGAGCACCACUUUGGGCUUCAAGAACCCGUUGAAUGCUAUGCAGAUUCUGUGGAUCAAUAUUCUCAUGGAUGGUCCGCCUGCACAGUCCCUCGGUGUGGAGCCCGUUGAUCCGUCUAUCAUGAACCGCCCCCCGCGUCCCAGGACCGCUCGGGUGCUCACGAAGCCGCUCAUUCAGCGGGUACUUACCUCGGCCCUGAUGAUCAUGAUCGGCACCCUUGCCGUCUACGUCUACGAGAUGGGAGAUGUCGAUGACGCGGCCAACCCCGGCAAGCGUUCGCGGGUGGUGACGGCUCACGACACGACGAUGACCUUUACCUGCUUUGUGCUGUUUGACAUGUUCAACGCCCUGGCGUGCCGCAGCGAGAGCAAGUCGGUGCUGCGGGGCGAGAUCUCGCUGUUUGGGAACAAGAUGUUCAACUACGCGGUCCUGGGCUCGCUUGCGGGGCAGGCGUGUGUGAUCUAUCUCCCCUUCCUGCAGCGGAUCUUCCAGACGGAGCCUCUGAGCUUCGCGCACCUGCUGCGGCUGGUGUGCAUUUCGAGUACGGUGCUUUGGGUGGACGAGGCCCGCAAAUACUAUAUGUCGUUGAAACGACGGGGAACUAUUGGGGGCGGCUACAGUGUGAAUGUUUAAUAGAGGGGCUGGGUUCGUG